UUAAAAGAAGAGCUUUAAUUAUAGAGUGAAGAGAAAGACUGUCAGAAACAGAAAAUGGCUGAUAAGCGUCACAUGUGUCUGCUGGGACGGAUCAUUCUCUGUGCACUUCUCACAGGUAUCAGUGGAUCAGAAGUGACUCGUGUGUUCUUCAGUUCUGGUGAAGAUGUCCGUCUGUCCUGUAAUAAUGCUCUUUCUGGCUGCACAUCAACUACAUGGAACUAUAACAGACCAUCAGGGUCAGAGACAGCAGUUGAACUGAUUGCUUUAGGAAUAAAGAAGAAUAACACAGAGAGACACGAGAGACUGAGUCUGGGCUCUGACUGCUCUCUGAACAUCAAGGAAGUCACAAAAGAAGAUCGUGGAGAAUACACCUGCAGACAAUAUGUGAAUGGACAACAACAUGGAGCUGAUGCACAAGUUUAUCUGCAUGUUCUUCAUGUGUCUUCAUCAUCCUCACAGUCUGAGAUCAGAUCAGGCCACUCUCUGACUCUCUCCUGUCAGUUAUAUAAUGAUGAUCGAGUCUCUUGUGAUACUUUAGUCCGUUCUGAGGGUCUUGAUCUGAUCUGGGUGAAUCAGGCUGGUGUGAAUCUGCAGACAGACUCCAGAUUUCAGAUCUCAUUCUCCUCUGAACAGUGUAACAUCUCUCUGACUACAACACUCCUGAAUGAAGAUCACAACAGAGAGUGGAGAUGUCAGCUUAAACACAGAGAUCAACUGAAGACCUCAGCCACAUAUACUGUCAAGUAUCCAACUCCAAGCGAAACAAAUCCACCGUCUCCAGUCACCAGCUCUAAAUCAGCUUCAGCUCCUACACAAGCAGCUUCAGCUGAUUCAACACUGAUUCCAGUCAGCAGCUCAAACUCUGAGAAGAAAUCAAGUCAAACUACAGCAGCUUCUACAGAACAAGAGAAACAGACUCCUCAAACCCCCGAGACAACAGCUACACAGAGAGCUUCAGCUGAUUCAACACUGAUUCCAGUCAGCAGCUCAAACUCUGAGAAGAAAUCAAGUCAAACUACAGCAGCUUCUACAGAACAAGAGACACAGACUCCUCAAACCCCCGAGACAACAGCUACACAGAGAGUGAUCAGGAUUGUUGCUUCUUCUGCGUUAGCUGUUCUGGUUACUGCUGUUAUUCUUUGGUUGGUUCGCAAAAAAAGAGCUGAUAACAGAAAAGGGACUAAUGACUCUGUGGAGCAGAAAGAUGAUGCGACUUACACUGAGAUUGACACAAACUGGAAAAUCGAAGCCAAAAAUAACAAGGUUCAUGAUGAUGAUGAUGAUGAAGAUGAUGAUGAUGAUGAUGAAGGGAUUUAUUCUUUUAUCACACAAGCAACUGUUGAACCUCAGGAUGAUUGCAGUUAAAUGGCAUUUGUGAACAAGAACCAUCAGAAAUAAGUUAAACAGUCAUUAAUUAUACAAAGGCAUUCUAAUAUCAAUCGUAUAGGAAUAUUAACCUUAUAUUAUCGACUCCUAAGGGUUUCAUUCAUCCCCAUUGUAAAUACUGUCUCACAUUUUAACAUACAUUCCCAAGUGGUGAUCUGAUUGUAAUGUUUUGGUCAGAUUGUGAUGUUUAUUUUAAAGUAGCUGUCUGCUUGCUGAAUUAAUGCUAGUGCUUAAUAAUACUGGAUUGUGCAUUAACCUCUAGAAAUAAAAUAAAAACCAUGUUCUCUCUUAGAUCAUUCUCAUUAAAUCAUCUAUUAUAUUGAGUGAUUACUGCAGACUAGUUAUCGAAUUAUGAAAACAAGUUCAAGUUAUGUAAUUAUUUAAAUGUGUAUUAACAAGAAGUGAAUGAUAAUGUGGUGUUGAACACUUGAGCAGCUGUUUUCAGUAACACUUGUGAUAUCAGAUUUUAUUUGUCAGUAAUAAAUUUAAGACAUAAAGCAGUCUGUCAAAUAUACAUUUACAGUGAAUUAUUCUUGUACAGAUUUUUUAGACAUCAUACAGAAACCUCUUGAUUGUAUGUGUUCAAACCUUUAGGAUACAGAGGAGUUUGUGCAAAACUAUUUCUGUUAGUGAGCAGAUUGUGUCUGUGAGAGACUUCAUUGUCAAUAGUUUUUUAUUGGAAAUAUGUUGCGAUUUAA